AGGUGCACCAUGGCAACCAGACCUCUGCGUCGCCGAAGCGGGUCCCGCAGGUGGCCGCGGUUGGGGAAGCGCGGCUAACGCCGCCCCCAUCCCGAGGGGACUCGCAAAUGUACAGCCAGAGGUUUGGCGCCGUACAGCGGGAAGUUAAGGGCCCCACUCCCAAAGUGGUGCUCGUGAGAGCCAAGCCUCCCAAAGACCAAGGGGCUGAGCAUCAACUGGAAAGAAUCCGACGCAGUCAUCAGAAGUAUCAUGCUAUUUUGGCCUCUAUUAAGUCAAAUGAACGGGACCGCUUGAAAGUUGAGUGGGACCAACACAAUGACCGCAAGUUUUUGGAGAACCUUGUGCAAGCAAGAGUCAAGGAUGCUGUGCAAGGGUUUAUUAUUAAUAUCGAAGAAAGACGAAAUAAGCUACGUGAACUUUUAGCAUUAGAAGAGAAUGCAUAUUUUACUGAAAUGCAAUUGAAAGAAGAAACCAUUGAAGAGAAAAAAGAUAGAAUGAGAGAGAAAACUAGAUUAUUAAAAGAGAAGAAAGACAAGAGACAGGAUUUUGUGGCUGAAAAGCUAGACCAGCAAUUCAGGGAAUGCUGCGAGGAGCUCCGUGUUGAAUUGCUUUAUAUCCAUCAGAAGAAAGUGUGUGAGGAGCGGAAAGCACAGGUGGCAUUUAAUGAGGAGCUGAAGAGACAAAAACUGUUGGAAAAGCAGUUGUUCUCAAGGCUGUGGGAGGAAGACCGGUUAGCCAAGGAAAAGCGAGAAGCCGAAGAGGCGAGGAGACGGCAAGAGCUGGUGGAGAACACUCGCCUGGGGCUGAACGCCCAGAUCACCAGCAUCCAGGCGCAGAGGCAGGCGGCGCAGCUGCUGAAGGAAGAGGAGGCGCGCCUUGUGGAAAAUGACAUUGCACGGAUUAAACUUGAGGAUGAACAGGAGAAACUAAAGAAACAGAAAGCAAAACAGGAAAUGAAGGCUGCUUUGCAAAAAUCCCUAGAAGAGAAGAUGCGGCAGAUUCAGCAGGACUACAGAGAAGAACAGGACUUGAACAUGAAGCUUGUGCAAAGGGCUCUUCAAGACUUACAGGAAGAGGCAGAGAAUAGGAAGCAAAACAGAGAAGAUAUGGUAAGAGAACAGAAGAUAUAUUAUAAAUAUUUGGCACAGAGACAUGAGGAAGAAAAAGCUCAGGAGAAAGAAUUGGACAGAAUCUUAGAGGCAGAGAAGGAAAAGAAGUUGGCUGAGAAGGAGAAGGAGCUGAGACUUGAAAAGGAGGCAAGGCAACAACUCGUGAAUGAAGUCAUGUGUACAAGAAAACUUCAAGUUCAAGAAAAGUUGCAACGAAAAGCUAAAGAACAGGAAGAACUUGCUAUGGAACAGGAACGCAUAAAUGAAGGUCUUAAAGAGCUUAACUGUGAAGAGAAGGAGAAUUUUGCAAGACGCCAAGAUUUAGCCCAGGAGUAUAGGAAGCAACUCGAGAUGCAAAUAGCCCACCAGCAGCAGGCCCGAGAAGCAGAGAAGGAAGAGAAACGCCGGGAGUUUGAAGCAGGGUUAGCAGCAAACCAGAUUUGCCUGGACAAGAUCCAGGAGAUCCUGUCCACCCAGCGAGUGCUGCCCCAGAACGUCCAUCCCAUGCGGAGAGCGUGCCCUAAUCAGCUUCCACCAUAGGUUCACGAACGUCAACGUAUCUUUUCUCGGUCUUUUCAUAUUCUUAACCACAGUUAAAGAUGUGGUUAAAAAAGGAACAUGCUUGUAUGUUCCUUUUAACUCAUGGGUAAACUGUUCUUUUUUUCUUUGAGUUUGUAUAAUUAGUUGUACAUAAUUUUCUUCCCUCAAAUAAACUUGUCCCUUUUUUGGAUUUCAUGGACGCACAAAUCCAAA